UCCCAGAGCACUGGGCAUGUGCCCUCCCCCGGUGCUGUGGGGCUGGAGAACAAGGGAGGGUCCGACUGAACCGCGAAGACCUUCAUUAAUCCCCCUCGUGCCGUGCCCGGCCCGGGCCCUGCUCCCGCUGGAGCUGCCCCGGGCUCUGCCCGCCCCGCUGCGGAGCUGCAGCCUCCAGGGUUUCCAGUUUCCAAACCUGAUGUGAUCUCCCAGCUGGAACAAGGGAAAGAGUCAUGGGUCCCAGACCUCCAGGGUUCAGAGGAAAGAGAGAUCCUGAGAACUAUCUGCACAGCAGGUGAUGCAAUGGUAUGUGAGAAAGAGGAGGAGAAUUCUCAGCAGGAAAAUGUUGAGCAAGUGGAUAAACACAGAGAACUAUCGCAAAGAUCAAAAAGCAAUGUAUCCAGGAGUCAUGAGCAGGGACAAUCCUGUGAGAUUCAGCACAAACCUGAAAGAGAGCAUGGAAACCAGCCAGGGGAGAAAGUGGAUAAAUUUAUUUCCAGUUGGAGAACUCAGAAGGACAUCAAGGAAACCACAACACAGCAGGAAAUCCUCAGGGGAAAGAGAAAAAAUACAUUCACUGAGUGUAGGAAAAACUUACGUGACUACUCAGCCCUUAUAAAGCAUCAGAGAAUCCGCACAGGGGCAAGGCCCUAUGAAUGCAGCGAGUGUGGAAAAUGCUUCACUAAGAGCUCAGCCCUUUCUGAACAUCAGAGAAUCCACACAGGGGAGAGGCCCUAUGAAUGCAGUGAGUGUGGGAAAAACUUCACUUACAGAUCAGGCCUUUUUCUCCAUCAGAGAAUCCACACAGGGGAGAGGCCCUAUGAAUGCAGUGAGUGUGGGAAAUGCUUCACUAGCAGCUCAGCCCUUUCUGAACAUCAGAGAAUUCACAAAGGGGAGAGGCCCUAUGAAUGCAGUGAGUGUGGAAAAAACUUCACUCAGAGAGCUGGCCUUUUUCUCCAUCAGAUAAGUCACAGAGAGGAGAGGCCCUAUGAAUGCUAUGAGUGUGGGAAAACCUUCAAUCGCAGUUCGCACCUUAUUAGGCACCAGAAAAUCCAUACAGGGGAGAGGCCCUAUGAAUGCAUUGAGUGUGGGGAAAGCUUCACUAACAGCUCAGCCCUUUCUGAACAUCAGAGAAUCCACAGAGGGGACCGGCCCUAUGAAUGCAGUGAGUGUGGAAAAAAAUUCACUCGCAGAUCAGGCCUUUUUCAACAUCAGAGAAUCCACACAGGGGAGAGGCCCUAUGAAUGCAAUGAGUGUGGGAAAAGUUUCACUAGCAAAUCAGCCCUUUCUGAACAUCAGAGAAUCCACACAGGGGAGAGGCCCUAUGAAUGCAGUGAGUGUGGGAAAAACUUCACUCACAGAUCAGGCCUUUCUGAACAUCAGAGAAUGCACACAGGAGAGAGGCCCUUUGAAUGCCGUGACUGUGGAAAAUGCUUCACUAGCAGAUCAGUCCUUUCUAAACAUCAGAGAAUUCACACAGGGGAGAGGCCCUAUGAAUGCAGUGAAUGUGGGAAAACCUUCAUUCGCAGCUCGCACCUUAUUAGGCAUCAGAGAAGUCACACAAGAGAGAGGCCCUAUGAAUGCAGUGAGCAGGGGUGGCUCCAGGCACCAGCGCAGCAAGCAUGUGCCUGGGACAGCAAGCUACGCGGGGUGGCCUGCCGGUCGCUGUGAGGGCAGCAGUCAGACGGCCUUCAGCGGCAUGCCUGCGGGAGGUCCACCGGUCCCGUGGUUUCGGCAGCAGGCACGCGGAAGGCGCAGGACUGUGAGAUCACCCGCAGAAACGCUGCCGAAUCUGCGUGACCAGUGGAGCGUCCGCAGGCGUGCCGCCGAAGGCUGCCUGACUGCUGUGCUUGGGGUGGCAAAAAUAUAGAGCCGCCGCUGGCAGUGAGCGUGGAAAAAGCUUCACUAGCAGAUCAGCCCUUUCUGAACAUCGGAGAAUCAAUACAGGAGAGAGGCCCUAUGAAUGCCGUGAGUGUGGGAAUACCUUCUCUUGGCACUCAGCCCAUGUUAGCCAUCAGAGAAUCUGCAAGGGAGAUCAACACCAUAAAAAUCUCUAGGGCUAUCCAUACUUUUUUCUUUAAUACUUUUCCUGAUUCCCACAUAGUAACUUUCAAAGCUGUUUGAACUAUUUGCAGCACCCUUAUCCCUCAGCUUGUCCAGAUGAGUGGCCCAUUUUUCCUUUUGCAGUUCCCCCAGUUUUGAAGUGGGCUUAUUUGUCCUAUCAACUCCCUUGUCCCAUGAGUAAUUCCAGUGUACCCUUCCUAUCAGGAGGCAGGGAGCAUCACAUUUAUACCAUUCCUCCUAUUGCAAAGUUAUUGUUAGAGUAAAGGACAGUUAUCUGUUC